CUCUCAGUUGAGAGGUGGAUGCCUCUUGAUUUGGACCUCAUCAAAGUCCUGUUGGGAAGACAAUAGGAAAUUCCCUUUCCACCCAGUUCUUGAAGCUAAAAAAUUACCCAAAUAGCAGUUUACAGAAGGAAGACUGGAAUUGUGAAGUCAACUCAAAUCUGGAAGAAGAAAGUGAGAAACUAAUUGGAGAAAUAUGAGGUUUCAAACCUUUUAUUAACACAGAAUCAGCCUAUUCCCAGGGAAAAAGGAGCAAUUUUGUUGGAUGAUUUGGAAAUUGAGAAUGCAAGCAUUAUAGUGGACAUGUUCAAAAGUGGAGAGAAAACAGCUCUCCACGCUGAGUUUAAGCUCUCAAUAAACGUCUAUCUCUCAGAACUUGAAAUCUCCCCCAUUAGAUCCCUUGCAGAUGCCAUCGACUUCAACAACAAACACAGCGCUGAAGAAAGGAUAGCGGAGUAUGGUCAGGAUAUCUUCUUGGCCGCCCAAAAGACAAACGGAAUGGGUAUAGUAGAGAAAAAGAUUCUGAAGAGAUUGGCCGAGUAUUCUGCUAAUGGAUUAGAGAAGCUAAUGAGGGAGAACAAGCUGGAUGGCUUCGUAACUCCAAACAGCUUAGCGGCUUCGAUCCUGUCCAUCGGUGGCUACCCAGGAAUUGUUGUCCCUGCUGGUUAUACAAACCACGGCGUUCCACUCGGCAUCUGCUUCGGCGGAUCUAAAGGUUUCGAACCGAAGCUCAUCGAAAUAGCUUAGGCUUUCGAGCAGGCCACCAAGGUUCGGAAGCCGCCAUUGACGAGGUCGGUAGCAUGAUCGGUCCGUCUUUAGAGUUUUAAUGAUUGAGCAGAGAAUCUGAGGAAUAAGGACUUAUUGUAUUUCUUAUGUAAUAAUGAUGGCAUCUGUGUCAACCUUCUCUGUGUAUU